UCAUGCGCACUUCAUAGACUGGUGUUUAGGUAUGGUUGGUCAGAGCAUGGCAGAGAUGUGCGUGGAGGAGAGGAGGCAGGAGGUGACUGCUGCUCCCCUCACUUCUCCGCUGAGCCUUCAGGAGAGUGGAGGCAGAGGGAGAUGCAUGAGGACUGAACGGCUGCACGAUAAACAGGUUUGUCUGAUCAAAAACAUCAGCUCUGCUUUGGACACGAACUUGCAAACGCGCAGUUCAACCAUGCGGACAUAAGGCCGGUUCGACAGUUUGUUUGGGUUUAGUUCAGCGCUUUCUUGGGUUGCGGUUACAAGUGAUCUGACGCCUGCUAUGGAGGACUUGGUGAGUCAAAAUGAGUCUGAGCACUGACAAUGUCACAAACUUAUGGAAAAAUGGUUCCUCGGAACUGGACGCGGCGUCUUCCCAGGUCAACUUCACCAACAGCUCAGGGAGGAACCACACUGAGCCCAGCGAGGUGGACCUCACCAGAGCCAUCCCGCUCGGCUUGGUUCUGGGGGCUUUCAUCGUGUUUGCCAUCGCGGGCAACAUCCUCGUCAUUCUCUCCGUGGUGUGCAACAGGCACCUGCGGACACCGACCAACUACUUCAUCAUCAACCUGGCCAUCGCCGACCUGCUGCUGGGCACCACGGUGCUGCCGGUGUCCGCCACUCUGGAGAUCCUAGACUACUGGGUGUUCGGCAGGAUCUUUUGUGACAUCUGGGCGGCGGUGGACGUGCUGUGCUGCACCGCGUCCAUCAUGAGCCUGUGCGUAAUAUCCAUCGACCGCUACAUCGGAGUGAGCCACCCGCUGCAGUACCCCGGGAUCGUGACGGAGAAGCGGGCUCUGCUGGCCAUGCUGGGGGUCUGGGUGCUGUCGGUGGUCAUCUCCAUCGGACCUCUGUUCGGGUGGAAGCAGCCGCCGUCGCCGGACGACACGGAGUGCCCCAUCACCGAGGAGCCCUUUUACGCGCUCUUCUCCUCCCUCGGCUCCUUCUACAUCCCGCUCGUUGUUAUUCUAGCCAUGUACUGCCGCGUGUACAUCGUCGCCAAACGGACCACUAAGAACCUGGAGGCAGGUGUGAUGCGUGAGAGGAUGAACUCCAGCGAGCUGACCCUCAGGAUCCACAAGGGGUCUCAGGUCAACGAGGAUUCCGGCAGUUCGAGCACAGGCAAGGGCCGAGCGCACCAGGCGAGAAGUUCUCUGACGGUGAAACUUCUGAAAUUCUCCCGGGAGAAGAAAGCGGCUAAAACUUUGGGAGUUGUGGUCGGCAUGUUUACCCUCUGCUGGCUGCCCUUCUUCCUCGCCUUACCCAUAGGGUCUUUUAAUGUGAACCUGCGCCCACCAGAUCUCCUCUUCAAAGUCAUCUUCUGGCUUGGCUACUUCAACAGCUGUCUGAACCCCAUCAUCUACCCCUGCUACAACCGCGAGUUCAAGGUGGCCUUCAUCCGUAUCUUACGGUGCCAGUGUCACCAGCGCAAACGUCCCGGCUGGAGAGCCUACAACUACCGGUCCUCUAACUUCAGCUCCUCUGUGAACUCACGCAAAAGCUCCACAGAUCACAACUCCAGCUGCAUGAAUGGAAGCCAGCGUACCCUGCCGUCCUCAGCCAGUCCGAGCCCCAGCUACCUGAGCAAGGGUCUGCCGCCUUGUCCGGAGGGGGAAACGUUAUACACCUGGGGAACCACAACUCCGACUCCCUCCACACCAAACCUGCUACCCGGCAGCCCUGCAGACUGCCAGCAGGUAGCUCUGAAAGGAGGGAGAUCAGUUGAGGAGGCCACUGGAGGUGUUUUCUCUUUCUCCUUUGGGAGGAACAAAGACAAGGGAGGGUCCAACAAAGACAGCAUCGUGCAUGAUGAGAAGGUGUGACUGUAGUGUCUUAAUAAGCUGUGACUUACUGGUUCAGGAUUACGGUCACAAACAGAGUGUGGAUGCAGGAUUCACAGCUCUCAUUGUACAUGGUCCCAUGAUCAUUUAUCAGUCAGUGGACUCUGUCAUCAGUGCUCAAUGUGAGAUGAAGAUAUGUUGAGUAUGCUGCUGUAUUACAGAUAUUGUGUUCUACGUUACUGCAUCUGUGACUGACAUAAACAGGAAGGUUUUCUUCUAAUGGACAGUAAUGGGUUCAAGAGAGUUAAUCAAAAUCGCUGUUUGCUGCCUUCCUUGGAGUGUAAAGAAACCUGUGCAUGCGUUUUGAUUUAUCUAAAGACAAACGUGAAGGAAAAGAGGCCUCAUUUCAAACAAGAUCCCCUUUCAAAACAUUCUUCCCUUCACCCUUUUCAGUUUAGAAACUCCAGGUCUGCCUUGUAAAAAGCCUGAACGUGACAAAGAACCUGACACGUGUAACAAAAAAAAAAAAAAAGUGUGAUAUGACAAAUGAUCACCUUUCUGUUGCAGUCACUUGGUGUCUUCAUGGUAUAUUGUGAAAAAUAAAGUAUAACCUGUUUUAUCUGCUGUGCGCACAAUCAUCAGAUAUCUUGUUUGUAUGUUUGUAGAAAUGUGAUGGAGAAAUAAAAUUAGAACGCUGCUCAAAUGCUGCUUGAAGGCAAA